CGCUCGCUCGCCUCAGUCUCUGAUAGGAAACUCUCGGGAGCAGACCGAUAAGCGCUUUUUCGGGCCUUUCCGCCAAACCAAAACACCAGAAAUCAGCCAACAGCAAACAGCCAAGUGUAAAGCAAAGCAAACUAAUAAAAAGCCAAAUAGCCAAGACAAUCGGGCACAGUUUUGGUGUUUCGUUUCCAUUUUCUUUGGCCACAAAGCCAGAUAGGAAACCCCCAAAAAAGAAAACUGAAAAGUCAAAACAAAUCAGUGCAGUGCAGCCGCCAAUUGCAUCCCAUAUUGCUCUCCGGCGAGUGUGUCCCCAUGUGUGUGAGUGUGUGAUAAAACUGAGAGAAAAGUGAAACGACCGGCAGCGAAAGCGCGAAAAACAAAAAACUUUCAACUUGUAAUACCAAACACUACCACCCCCCACCCUUCCGCCCGCAGGAAGACCAAACUGAAAAGCUGACGUUACAAGCGGUCAAAAUUGGAUUAUGCUUAGGCACAAACGCAACUGCCACGCCAUUCAAACGCCCAGCGACGCCGAGCAUGUGAAGUUAAAGCCGCAUUUUCAUCCGCCCCAGUGGCUCCUGCACCGCGUCACCUUCUCUCUGGAGCUGUAUCACAAAAACAUCAUCAGGAAACUGCCCAGUUUCGCCAAAUUCCUUGUCUUCAGGCUGACCAAGAACGUCUGCCAGACUUAAGUCACUCG